AUGCUUCCGUUCUCGGAAAGGCAGAACGUCUCGAUGUCCGGAAGACAGACAGUCGGACCUGUAGAUGCGUUGUACGCCACAGUUACCUUCGUGGCAGUGGGAGUCGGGAUGGAAGUAACUUCGCAGCCCAGCUCGUCAGAGGCGUCCAGACAGUCGAGGUGGCCGUCGCAGAUGGCAGUCAUGUUGUGGCAGCUGCAUGUGUCACAGAGAAAUUGCUCGGCACUCGGACAGAUGCAGGCUACACAUAAGAGUGAAGGAAUUGAGGCGAUUCUGGUAAAUAAUUGUGUAGGAAUUCAACUAUACUACUGUUCCCUCUACCACUCAAUGCAUCCUCUAGCACUGCGCUGGAUCUAG